UAUAUUUUCUCGUUAUUGCAAUUCUUAGAAAUUCUAUAUGUGUGUGAGAAAUCUCGGUCUCGUAGAUGAUACAUUGGAACUGCUUAGAAUACCAAAGGAAUAUUGUAAAAUGCGAAAUUCGAUAAAAUGGAUAUUGAUUAUAUGGUUUACGCUACUUUGCAUUGGAUGGAUAUUUAAUUAUAUUUGCUACAUAAAAGAAUUUCAAGGUGCAAGAAUCAUAGUUAUCUCUUGCAUUUUGUAUUAUUUUUUCCUUCUCAAUUUAUUGAUGGAUAUAAUGAUUAUAUUUCUUUUAAGAUACAUUGGUACUAGAUUCGAUAAAAUCAAUGAAUGUAUUGAACAAUUAUCAAAGACAAAAAAAUGUGGAUUGAGAGGCAUUUGGAAAAAAUCUCCUAUUAAUCGCUACUAUGUCCAAAGCUGUAAAAACCGCAAACAUAUAUUAUGGAUUUUAAUGCAUCUUCAUUUGGAACUUUGCCGAAUAGCUCGCAAUAUAAAUGAUUUUUUCGGAACAGAAAUGACCUUACAGACGAUAUACAAAUUUGUUGUUUUUAACGCAAUGAUUUAUUUAGAAUAUCGUAUAUUAUUAUGCUUUACUAAAGUUCAUGAAGAUAGUGAAGAAAGUAAAGCAAUAUUCUUAAUUAUGACAAUAUUCAUUAGCGCAAAUUUAAUGAAUUUAGUAACAAUAAAUUAUAUUUGCGAAAGCGUUAGCAUCAAGGCGAAGAAAACCAUGGACAUAAUUCAUAAAUUAACAAACCUUGUUUAUUUUGAUCAGUUACGCGAAGAUAUUUGCCAGUUUAUUUUUCAAUUAUUACUUCAACCGUUAAAGUUCGAUGGAAUGGGUUUGUUUUGCUUUGGGUACAAAUUUAUUUUUAAGUUCAUCAUGGGAAUUAUUAGUAUUAUGCUUUUUAUGGUUGGAAUGGAUACUUCUCCUUUAUCUCGGGAUUUACUUUCUUACAAGAGUAAUUUAACAUGUUUCGAGUAAAUGAAGAAAUAUAUAAUUCUAGAGAAGACUAUAUUAUAUAUAC